AUGUCGCCGCCGCGGCCGCACGCAAAGCGGAGGGGACGGGGGCUGAGGGUGCAGGCACAGGCAGUAGGAGCGGCGGGCAAGGCGCCCCGGGUCGUUGUGAUUGGGGCGGGAGCUGGAGGCCUUGCUGCCGCUGGCCGCCUGGCGCGGAACGGGUGUGACGUUACGGUCGUUGAGAAAAAUGGAGAGCCUAGUGGGCGCUGUGCAAUGCAGGUCGGCGGCCGUGUGCAGUCUGUUGUCUCCCCCGACGGCGCCUUUCGCCAUGACCCCGGCCCCUCGCUGCUGCUCUUCCCAGACAAGUACCGCGAGGCCUUUGCCGCCAUGGGGACCUCGCUGGAGGAGCAGGACAUCAUCAUUUCCAGGGUUUCUCCGGCUUACAGAGUCUUCUUCGCAGGUGGCGGUCGCCAGCCCUCCCCUUUCUCCCAGCUGGACCUGUUGAAUGAUGAGGCAGACAUGGCGGCGCAGCUAGAGGCAGUAGAGCCUGGCGCGGGCGACGGAUACAGGCGGGUGCGGUUCCUGCGCAUGGCCCGCAUGCAUCUGCGCAUGGGCGUCCCGUACUUUAUUGAACGAGACUUUGAGGAGCUGGCCAACGCCAAGGGGCUGCAGGACCUGCUGCCCUUCCUAGGGCAGAUCAAUGUUCUGGAUCUGCUGGGUCAGCAUGACUGGCGGCUCAAACAGUUUUUCAAGGACCAGCGCCUCAGGGCGAUGUUCACCUUCCAGAAUCUUUAUGUUGGGUUAACACCUUACUCCGCCCCAGCCGUGUUUGGCUUGCUGGCGGGCACGGAGCUGACCCAAGGAAUAUGGUAUCCAUUGGGAGGGUUUACAAAGGUGCGGGACGGGCUGCGUCGGGCGGCCGAGUCCUGUGGGGUGCGGAUCCAGACGGGCGCCGAGGUGGUGGCCAUCAGCACCGACCCAGCCGGCGGCCAGGUCACAGGAGUGGAACUGGCCGAUGGGCAGCAGCUGGCUGCCAGUGUGGUGGUCUGCAACCUCGCCGCAUAUGCCAGGCAGCAGCAUGAGCGGCUGGGGCGGCUCAAGUACAGCGCAGGCGUGAUAGGGUACAAUUGGUGCGUUGAUCGUGAGUUGGCGGGACUAGCGCACCACAACGUCUUUCUGUCUGAGGAAUGGGUGCAGUCGUGGCGGCCUGCAACCCAACCUAAGGAAUUUCCGCAUUCUCCAAAUUUUUAUGUUCAUGCUCCAUCGAGGACAGACGGCUCGGCGGCGCCACCAGGGUGCGACAGCAUCAUGGUGCUCCUCCCUGUGGCCAACCAGCAACAGUGCGGCAGUGACUACAGCAGCUUGGUGGCAGCAGGGCGGGAGCGCAUCUUGCAGACCUUUGCUGAAGCUGGGGUGGGGGAUGAUGUGGGAUCAUCCAUCCAGCACGAAGAGGUGAUAACGCCACCCGACUGGCAGCAGCGGUACGGCUUGCGGCACGGCGCCGCCUUUGGACUGGGGCAUGACUUGGAUCAGCUGUCGCUCUUCAGGCCGUCCAACGUUGAUUCGCGCAUUCGUGGCCUCUAUUUCGUGGGUGCCUCAACCAGGCCUGGCAAUGGGGUGCCUCUCUGCUUGAUUGGGGCCAAGCUGACCGCCCAGCGCGCAAGUGCCACCACGGUCAGGGUGCGGGAGUGGUCGAUACCCAGUGCCUGA